AUGCCGCCGAAGUUCGAUCCCAACCAGGUAGUCGACGUCUUUGUCCGCGUGACCGGCGGCGAGGUCGGCGCCGCCAGCUCCCUUGUUCCUAAGAUCGGCCCCCUCGGCCUUUCCCCAAAGAAAAUCGGCAAGGACAUUGCCAAGGAGACAGCCAAGGACUGGAAGGGCCUCCGCGUCACCGUCAAGCUCACUGUGCAGAACCGCCAGGCCAAAGUCACCGUCGUACCUUCCGCCGCCGCAUUGGUCAUCAAGGCGCUCAAGGAGCCCGAGCGCGACCGAGGGCCGUUUUGUAGGCCAAGGCUCAAGAAAAUCUAUUUGCAUAACCAUAUGGUUUUCACCUUCAUUUCACCAAUAAGUAAAUAA